AUGCCUCUUGUAGAUUCCAUCAUACAAAUGGCAGAUGACGAUGUUGAUGACAAGUGUCCUCCUGAAAGGAAUCUUGAACAAAUUCCCGAAUCUGUCCGAGGAGUCAUUGACCAGAUUGUCACGAUACGAUUUAAACCGGAUAAGAUCAGUGAGGCAAUUUCCGCCUCCAUUCCACCACCUAUUCACCCACCAACUGCUAGGGAAUACGAUCAACACAAAUUUUUAGAGAUGCAUCAAUGGAUGGGGAUCCCGACGAGGGCUUUGCAUACAGCUGUGGGUCUGAUGGAUCUGUGCGCUCAAAUUCAGCCCAUCGCAUGUCAAGAUUAUCAAACAUUGGCCAUGGCCGCUCUAAUUACAGCCGCAUUGCAAUGGCAAUCUGGUUUUAAGGUUGACCUUGUAAAACUGUCUGAAGUUACUGUUGAUGAAAUGGAUCCGCAACAGACUAGAAAGGCUUGCAAUUACAUCUUUGAUUUGGGUCUUCAAGACGAGCGAUUGUGUCGCUACUCAGCAAGUCUACGAUGUGCUGCGGUUCUCUACCUUAUUCGUUACAUUUUGAGGCGAAAAUGCAAUUGCUCGCGUUCCAAAUCGGGCGGUGGAAAGUGUUGUCAUUUUCGUAGCAUUCCUUUGUGGUCUGAGACAUUGGCAAAAUUUACAAGUCAUCACAACACACCAAUACUUCGACGUGUUGCUGCCAUCUACUUGGACGCUCUAAUGUUUGUCCAACAAUAUGGCGUCCAAUAUUAUCAGCGAAGCCAUUUGAGUUCGCCAAACUCGGUAUGUUGA